GCGUUAGCCAACACUAGAAGCCACGAUAUUUUUAUUUAUUCGUGUUCCUCUCAUAUUUGUUUUUUAGCCGGCUAGAACAGACGGAUAGUAUUAGAAUGUUGUAUAGGAACUAAACUCAGGAUGUCAAGAAUUGUGAUGAACCAACUGUCCCACCCGCAGCGCGUCCGGCUGCUGUACAAAACUAUUCUAAGAUUGCAUCGAGGACUUCCGGCGGAACUGCGUGCUCUAGGUGAUAACUAUGUGCGGGACGAGUUCCGGCGCCACCUCAAAUGCAAUCCCAUGGAAGCACAGCUCUUUAUGACCGAAUGGGCUCGUUAUGCCUCCACGAUCACCCAACAACUAGGAAUACGAGGUAAACCCAAGGGGGAGCUGGGCGAACAGAUCGACCCUCAGGCCGUGGAAAUGCUUAAGGACGACCAGGUGGUCCAAUUAUAUGAGCUAAUGCUGGCGGCCAAGGGAUUAGAAGAUGUGCAAGGCAAAUAAAUUAUAUGAUUACUUUA